GCGGCGGGAGAGGCGAGCGAGCUCCGCGGAGCUGCCCGCAGCGGCCCAGGCGGGGCUGGGCAGUGUGCCCGCGCUCAGCUUGUGCUGCCCCCAUCUUCUCUCACUGCCGAGCCGCAGAGAAGAGCACUGUGAGGGGACUGCCGGGGCAGCGCGGGGCUGGUGACACGGGCGGCGUGGCUGCAGUGACACUGAAGCGGCACUAACCAGUGACAGGAGCGCAGAAAGCCGUGUUCCCCUCGCCGCUGCCUCUGGACACGGGCCCUGCUCGGGGGCCUGGCGCUACUAAAACACACCAAGUGCUUUUCCUGACGCACGAAGGGCACCGCCGCCGCGGCUCUGGGCGCACGGGAAGCCUGAGGUGUCGGUUACGCCGACGCAGGUUCCCGUAAGCCCGGCAAGGUAGCCACUCCCAUGACUGACCUGCCAACUCCGCAGCGGAGCGGCGCGGCCUGCUGGCUGGUCUCAGACACACACCCUCACAGCCCCCCGCAGGCCCCGCCCCGGGGCGGGGAACACAUUGCACCGCAGCCUCGGCCCGCCCCGCAGCACGUUCCGCGGCCCGGCGGCCCCCGCGCGCUCGACCUGGGCAGCGGCCGCGCUCCGCCCUCCCCGGCUUUGGGUUGCGGGGAGCAUGGCGGAGCUGGAAGUGGGGCAGCACUGCGGGGUGGCUGACUGCAGACAGCUUGAUUUUCUCCCCUUUGUAUGUGAUGGCUGCUCAGGUGUCUUUUGCCUUCAGCACAGGAGCCGGGAUGCUCACGGGUGUUCUGAGGUGAAUAUAAGAAACAAUUCUGUGAAACCAGAUCAGCACAGAUCUUACCCAUGCUCAUACAAGGACUGUAACGGAAAGGAGCUUUUGCCAGUUUUAUGUCCUUACUGUGAGAAACAUUUUUGUCUAAGACACCGGCAUCAGUCAGACCAUGAAUGUGAGAAACUGGACACACCAAAACCUCGAAUGGCUGCCACCCAGCAGCUAGUUAAAAAUAUUAUAGAUUCUAAAAAAAGUGAGGAAGCAAAAAGGAAAAAAUGCAGAGGACCGAAAAAUAGCGCGACAGCAGCAAAAGUGGCAUUAAUGAAGCUGAAAAUGCAUGCGUGUGGGGACAAGUCCUUGCCUCAGACAGAAAGAAUUUACUUUCAAGUAUUUUUACCAAAGGGAAACAAAGAGAAAAGCAAGCCCAUGUUCUUUUGCAGUAAGUGGAGUAUUGGCAAAGUAGUAGAUUUUGCAGCUUCCUUAGCAAGCCUUAAAAAUGACAACAACAAAUCAACAUCCCAGAAAUUGAGAUUAUGCCACGCUGCCUCUGGAGAAGCCUUGCCGUUUGAGCACACAUUGGAAACAUGGCUAUCUGAUAAAGACUAUCCAUUGUACAAUGGUGGAAAUAUAAUUUUGGAGUAUCUUAAUAAUGAUGUUUUAUCUAUAGAAGAUAUAGAGUCGUACUUUAAUUAAUCAGUAAAUUAUCACAAACAAAAAAAGAUUUAUUUUUUUUUUUAAACACCCCCCCCCAAAUGUGGUAUUCAACAAAACCAAGUCCAGUUUUAUUGUAAAAUCACUGGUAUGCCAGAGUCUGUCCUCAGUAGUAAAGACACACUUUCCAUCAAUUUCUCAACUGACAGAAGAACUAUGUCCUCAAAGGAAAAUUAGUUAUUAACUAAUAUCACAAAUACUUUCUGUAAGAAAUUCUUGCUUUAUUUAGCUGUAUCAUGUCAAUAUCUUUCUUAAAUUUUAUAUUUUGUGUAAAUUAUGGGUAAAAUAUGUAUUAAAAUCGAUAAAUAAUGAAAAUGUAAACUUGCAGUAUAUCAAUUCUCUGAAGGAAAGAAACACGCUACACUAUUGCAGCAUCUUUUCUAUAUCUACAAGAACAUAUUUCAUUGAGUUUGGCAUCCAGCACUGUCCAUGUCCCUGGUCCAUGUUUUCUUCUCAUAAUAGCGUAACAACAUUAGAAGGAAAGCUUUCUGAAGCAAAAGUAAAUUCACACAGGUGUCUUGUGUUUGUAAGUCUCAGCAUUAUUUUGUGAUUAGGAGGGGGAUAAAAAAAAGAGAACC